UCUAAAGCUCACGCGGCUUUGUUCGAAGGAAAAGUAUAGAUUUGCGCUCACAUUUGUCUGCAACAAUGAUGUAUUUGUUUCUGUCACACAACAGGUGCCAGUUCUACUUCUCUGUCUCUUCGGUGGGGCGUACGCGCAACACCGUAACCAGCUGACCCAAGCACCACAACGAGGCGUCAACUACGCCGGCUACCCAGCCGCUGCUGCCCCUUACGCUGGACAAUACGACGCUUAUGCCUCUCUUUUUCAGAAUCCGACACCGUAUGGUCCUGGCUACGGUGCGGUAAGCCAGUACAACAAUCAGCUGUUCAGCACUGGGCAGGGUGGCUCUAGCAUUUUCACGGCCGGUCUGUACGGGUACCCGGACGCCACCGGUCUCUACCGCCAGAUGAACUACCCCGACGCCAUGCAAGUCUUUCGGGCCCCCUUGGGAAACGUUGGUGCCAACGAGCAGCGCACCGCUCCGGGUAUUAGCAAUACUCCGGCCUUCAACACGGCACUGACAAUCCAACCUCUUCGGCCAGGAUCUCCCCAAGAGGCGGCAGCUGCAGCCUACGGUCCAAGGGCUGCGGCACCUAACGCCGGAGGUUACGGUGCUUACGACCGGACAACAGCAGACCCGUACGCACUCGCUGCUCGCGCUUUCGAGUACGCUCAGUACGGACGUUUUGGCUAUGGGUCGAGCGAGGCGGCUCCCAGUAGUCCCUCCAACAGCAAUUUCUCUCCGUAUGGUCCUGCCGGUUACGCAGCUGGUUACAUCCCCGGUGUUAAUGCAGCAGCGGCCGGGUACGGAAGCCCGCGUCCCGCCCAACAGAGCUACCAGCGUCUUUAGGAAGCGUGAAAGACAGCUGACAGCAGAACGCGAAGCAAGUAGCACGAUAAGUGUGGAAAGUUCACAAUGAGAACCCAUACUGUAUCUUGAACAUACUACUUCAAGGAGAAAAUAAAG